AUGCCCACCACGAAUACUGAACGGGAUAAGAGGGAUACCUCUGAUGCCAACUCCUCGAGCACGCCAGCACGUCCGUCGCCUCCAGUUCCUGAGCUUACGGGCUUAAAGCUGUUCAAACACAAACUCAACUGUGACUUUAGGGAGCUCUUGCGCCCAUUGGGGUUCAAAGACACGCGAUAUAUCAAAUCCGGCCCUCAUGUGCGCCUCCAAGAGGCUUUGACAAUGGAAUUCAUCGCACAAAACACUACAAUCCGCGUCCCCCGGGUUCUGGAUGUCUUUUCCAUUCGCGGAACUGUGCACAUAGUCCAGGAACGCAUCCAUGGGCCUGUUCUCGAGGAUGUGUGGCACCGUCUCUCCGCGGAAGAACAACGUAGCGCUAUGCUGCAGGUGAAGGACUGUUUCGAUCAACUGCGUGCGCUCCAGCCCCCGCACCCAGAACGGGUGCAAGCCGUGGACGGGUCGGGGCUCAUUGACAGUCGAGUGGAAAAGGGGGAAUGGGGACCUUUCGAGAACCAUGCGGCCUUCCAUCGGUUCCUAAACCACGACAUCUAUCGGGCUCAGCCCGAGAAAUAUUCUCGUAUGCAGGACGCACUGACGAAGAUCAAGGAUAAACAGUACAAGUCCGUCUUCUCUCAUGGCGAUUUCGGACCACAUAACCUCAUUUGGAGGGACGGUACGAUCUUUGUUAUCGACUGGGAGAGGUCAGGUUGGUUUCCAGAGUAUUAUGAUUUUACAAGGGCGCAUACUGCUCGUGGUGAUAUGAAAGAUUGGUGGACUAAGUUCGAGGAGGUGGUGGAUAGAUAUGGCGACGAGUUGGAGCUCGAGAUUCGAUUUUGCGAGUACUUUGAAUCGUGGAUAUUAUAG